UGACCAGUGUCCAAAGCCUGCUCUUCGCCUGACAUCUAGUACAACAGUGCUGGUGAACGUCAUAGAUGUGAACGAUGUCACACCCACUUUCCCCAGAGCCUACGAGGGACCCAUCGAUGUGACAGAGGGCCAGCUUGGACCACGAGUUUUGACCCUUUUAGCCACUGAUCAAGACUCUGGUCUUAAUGGCCAAGUGGAGUACAGCAUCACUGGUGGAGAUAUCCUGAAUCAGUUUACAAUUUCUCCGAUGGACGGUGAGCUUCGAGUGAGGAAGGAUGUGGAGCUGGACAGAGAGAGCAUAGCCUUCUACAACAUCACCGUCACCGCCCGAGACCUGGGAACUCCAUCUCUCAAUAGCUCGGUGGUGGUGGGCAUUAAUGUCUUAGACGUGAAUGAUAACGACCCAGUCAUCCUUAACUUGCCUUCUAACACAAGUGUCAGUGAAGGCGCCGCGAUAUACACAUCUGUGGCCCAGGUACAAGCCCGAGAUGCAGAUAGUGGACGUAACGCGCUGCUCACUUACAACAUAACUGCUGGAAACCUGGAUGGAGCCUUCUACAUCAGCGAGACAACGGGUGUGGUGCAGGUGAACAGACCCCUGGACAGAGAGCGGGUGGCUGAGUACACACUUACCAUCACUGUUAAGGACAACCCAGAGAACCCCCGCAAUGCUCGCCGGGACUCAGACUUCUUGAUCAUCACCAUUCUGGAUGUGAACGACAACAGACCUAUUUUCACAAAGACCAGCUACAGAGGUGAAAUCAUGGAGAACUCUGCAGCAGGCAGCGUUGUAACCAUUUUAAACGGCCCGGUUCUGGCUGAGGAUAAAGACGUUGGGAUUAAUGCCGUGGUGACGUACCGACUCCUAGGUGCAAGAGUGGACCUGUUUACAGUUGACUCCAAUACUGGUGCUGUUCUCGUGCGUCAGGGCGCCAAAUUGGAUCGGGAAGCUUUUCAGGACCCUCGGGUGGAGCUGAUUCUGGUUGCAGAGGACGUAGGAGGUUUAAACAGCAGUGUUCCCCUCACAGUCUCGAUUCUGGACCAGAAUGACAACCCGCCUGUUUUCAACCCAUCCAGUUUCAGCGUUCGAAUCCCUGAGAACAGCCCCGCUGGUGUGGUGGUGACUCAGCUGUCCGCCACCGAUGCCGAUGCUGGGUCUAACGGCUGGCUAACCUACCGGUUAGAAAGUGGAGCUCAGGACCGCUUUGUGGUUGACCCGCUCUCUGGUGCUGUCCUGGUAGGAAACGCCACGCUUGACAGAGAGGAGCGUGCAUCCUACCGCCUCGUUGUGAUGGCAACCGAUCGUGGAACGCCUCCUUUGUCAGGAACAGCCACCUUGACUGUUCUCCUGGACGACGUCAAUGACUCGAGACCGCGUUUUCUACAGCCAAUAACUAUAAUAAAUGUUAACGAGUCAACUCCACCUGGUGUGGUGGUGGCCACGCUUGCCGCUGAAGACCCGGAUCUAAAUCCACGGCUCGAGUACUACAUCAUCUCAGUGGAGGCAAAGGAUGAUGGGAACAGCCCAGUAAACGGCCUUCAGGAUUCUUUUGGUAUUGAUUUACACACAGGCGCCGUCUUUGUGCGCAAACCAAUCAACAGAGAGCUGGUAGCCACGUUUGAGAUCAUUGUGUCAGUUCACGACAACGCCAGUGACAUUAUUGACAAGUCAGUCAGUGUUCCCAAUGCGAAACUAACCAUCAACGUGUUGGACGUCAAUGACAAUGCUCCUCAAUUUCGGCCCUUUGGAGUGACCAACUUCACAGAGAAGAUUUUAGAAGGGGCUCAGCCCGGCACAACGCUGCUAUCCGUGUCCGCUGUGGAUCCAGAUAAAGGCCCAAAUGGUCAGGUCACUUACCAGCUCCUCAAUUUACCGAGAGGGGGGUAUGUCAGACUGGAGGACCCUUCCGUUGGGAAGAUUGUGGCCAACCAGACAGUGGACUAUGAGCAAGUGCAGUGGCUGAAUUUCACCAUACAAGCUCAGGACCAUGGCACACCUCCACGGAGCACCGAACUGCCCGUUUAUUUACUCAUAGUGGAUGUCAAUGACAACAAUCCUGUCUUUCUACAGCCUUCCUAUCAGGUGGCUGUGUUGGAGAGUGUGGCCUUGGGCACCAACGUAGUUCGCGUCAGAGCUACAGACGCUGAUUCUGGACUCUUUGCUGUUAUUGAGUACAGCCUCGUAGAUGGACUGGGAAAGUUUAACAUCAGGCCAACCACUGGAGAGAUCUACAUCCUGUCCCCUCUGGACAGAGAGACGAUGGACCACUACACUUUGACCGCGGUUGCUCGAGACAACCCGGGGGGGAGUCCAAACAACAGGAGAGAAAAUUCUGUUCAGGUUCUGGUCACAGUUCUGGAUGUCAACGAUUAUCGGCCACGCUUCACGGCCAGUGUGUAUAACACCAGUGUGUUUGAGAACGAGCCCAGCGGGACGUCCGUGAUAACGGUCUCUGCCGUUGACCUGGACGAAGGACAGAAUGCCGUGGUGUUCUACAGCAUGUUCGGACCAGGUUUAGAUACAUUCACCCUGGAUCCAGUCACGGGACUGGUGCGUUCUCGCCGUCUGCUUCAAUCGUGGGAGCGCUUCAAUUUUACCGUGGUGGCCACGGAUCAGGGACGUCCUCCUCUGUCGGGCACUGCAGACCUGAUCAUCAUCGUCAUAGAUGUGAAUGACAACAGACCCGUGUUUGUCAGGCCAGCUAAUGGAACCAUUAUCCACAUCACUGAGGAGCAGCCUCCAGGUAUACCGGUCUACGAAGUGCAUGCUACAGACGCUGACGCUGGGUUGAAUGGAGAGGUCCGCUACGCCUUCUUGCCGACAGGAGCGGGAAACAGAGACUGGGAAAAUUUCCACAUUGAUCCCAUAACUGGGGUCAUCACCACCACUGUGAAGCUGGACCGAGAAAAACAGGCCAUUUAUAGCCUUAUCAUUGUGGCCCGUGACCUGGGUCAGCCGGUGCCUUAUGAGACCACACAACCUCUGCAGGUGGCGCUGCUGGAUAUUGAUGAUAAUGAACCUGUCUUCCUCAAACCACCACCUGGUGCCUUGCGUUACCAAACACUGACGGUGCGUGAGGAGUCUCCUGCAGGUACCGUGGUGGGUAACGUAAGCAGAGCUGUGGACGCAGACGAGAGGUCCAAUGCCAUCGUCUAUUAUUUCAUCGCCGGAGGAAACGACGAUGGAAACUUUGGCCUAAGUCUAGGAGGAGAGCUGAGGGUGCUCAAAGUUCUGGAUAGGGAGAUUGUUCCAGUGUACACCAUCAUCAUCAAGGCUUCCAGCAACAAGAGCUGGACUCCUCCCAAAGGUCAGAGGUCUUUACAAGCCAAAGCCUUGAACCCAGCUCUCGACCCGAGUCUGCUGGAAGUCCGAAUUGAACUGGAGGACAUCGACGACCAGACGCCACGCUUCACUAAGGCUGAAUACACCGCAGGAGUUGCAGCGAAUGCCAAAGUGGGAUCAGAUCUCAUCAGAGUGCUGGCCAUCGACAACGACAUUGGUAACAACAGCUUGGUUCAGUAUCAUAUCGUCACAAUCCGCUACUUCCAGACCCAAAGCAACGGCAGUGAGGAUGUGGGCAACGUUUUCACCAUUGGUUUGUCAGAUGGAGUUAUUCGCACCUAUGACCUCUUCACGGCUUUCAAUCCUGGCUACUUUCAGCUUGAGAUUCUAGCCUGUGACCUUGCUGGACACAGUGCAACCGCCAACGUGAACAUCUACAUCCUCCGAGACGACCAGAGGGUCAAGAUAGUCUUUAACGAGAUACCUGAUGUUGUUCGUAACAACAAGGAGGACUUCGUUAAGCUGCUGUCUAACAUCACUGGAGCCAUUGUUAACCUGGAUGACAUCCAGUUCCACGUGGACAAAAAGGGCAGAGUGAGCUACGGUCAGACGGACAUGCUCAUCCAUGUAGUCAACAACCAGACCAACACCAUCCUCAGCGUUGACAGAGUAAUCCAGAUGAUUGACGACAACAAGGAGCAGUUGAGGAGCUUGUUCAGGACGUACAGUGUUGUGGAUGUUCAGCCUGCUGUUAGUGACAAAAUGCCUGACGACAUCUCCACCCUACAGCUGGUCAUCAUAAUCCUGGCCGUGCUGCUGUGCUUGGCGGGAAUUUUGUUUGUGACAAUGAACUGGCAUUACCGAAGAGUACAUGAGAGGAAGCUUAAAGCGAUCGUUGCAGGUUCAACAGGAAACCAGGGUCUAAUGGACAUCCUGGACAUGCCCAACACUAAUAAAUACUCUUUCGAGGGAGCUAAUCCUGUGUGGCUGGACCCGUUCUGUCGCAACCUGGAGCUAGCUGCUCAGGCCGACCACGAGGACGACCUUCCCGAGAACCUGAGUGAGAUUACUGACCUGUGGAACAGUCCCGCACGCACUCAUGGCACCUUUGGUCGAGAGCCUCAAGCGAGGCCUGAGGAUGAUCAUUACUUGAGGGCAGCCAUUCAGGAGUAUGACAACAUUGCUAAACUGGGCCAGAUUAUGAGAGAAGGGCCUAUUAAGCUCAUCCAGAGUGAUCUGGACGAGGAAGAGCAUCUGGGCAUGGUUGGCGAUCACAGCCCUCUACGCUUUAAGCACAAGCUUCCUGUGGAGUUGAAAGGGCCCGACGGUGUGCACGUGGUCCACGGCAGCACUGGCACUCUCCUGACCUCUGACCUCAACAGCCUGCCAGAGGACGACCAGCGCGCCUUGGCACGCUCUCUAGAGGGUCUCAAUUCUGACGGGGGGUUGUAUUCGGAGCGAAACGCCCGCACAGAGUCAGCCAAGUCCACCCCGAUGCAUCGCCACAAGGACGGCGACUCGCUGUCCGAGAACCCGCUGGAAGUCACAGAGUUAUGACUAGCCGAGGCCUCGCUGGUCUGAGAGCAGUCGCGGCUCGUGUGUGUCUUCGUACCUCCACCGCCAACCUGGGACGAAGGGCAAGAGGAGUGAGUGCAGUCAGAGGAACUUCAUCAGCCAAACUGAGCGCGUCAGCAAAACACCCUGCAACGACGACGCGCUCGCCACCGCGCUGGCUUGAGUGGAAGAUGGUCACGCUACAAAGCUUCAAGAGGCUUAUUCCAACGUCCUUUAGGCAACUGCAAGCCGCGCCAGCAUCUUUAGAACGUCACCGAAACAUCUCGGAUGUUCGUUCAAAGAGCAGAGAGGGAACGAGGCGGCUCAUCUUCUUUAAUCCUUUCAAAGUCAUGCCUGGACUGCAGACACUCACUAACACACACACACACACACACACACGUAUGAGUCAGACCAGCUGGUGGCCACUGAGACGCAGAGAAGAAGAAACAAUCAGAAUGAUGUAGAAAAAAGGUUUGUUCACAGUGGGCGAGGUGCUUAGUGUGGACGUGAAGGUCAUCUUCAUGUCUGGAAAACAGAAUUUUAUUUAGACGUAACAGAUUUUCUGAGUGAUGAUUAAAAACGCGACGAUGGGAGGCGUCCUCCUGUUUAAAGUGAAAAUAAAACUCUAAUCUGACGCCAGUGACGUGGGAUUACGUCAAUUAGGAAUCAGACUUUUCUAAUGACUGAAGGAUUUUUUGUGGUGAAAUUUAAAACGGCACAAAAAAGAUGAACUGUUUUUACAAACCAAGAUGGCGACGUGCCCCCCUGACUUCACACUGCCACAUGGGGGGGGGGGGGGGGGGGGGUAAAUCUCAUGCUCAAAAUAUGGAAGUGAGGUUAUUUUUAAACCAGUCGAGGUAAGGAUUAUUGUCGGUGUGAAUAUGUUGUUCUAUGGUGAACGGUGUCUGUUGAGUGGUGUUUAAAAGUAUUUUUUAUAUUCUCAUUUUGUAACUUUUUCUGUUAUGAGCCAUGAGAUGUGUGUGGGGAAACUGCUGUGGGAUGAUCUAAUAAAAGAAAUAUGCAAUGA